AUGGCUACCCCCAGUGUCCUUACCUUUGAUGGUGAGGGCCGUGCUGUUGACUUUGAGGUCUGGGUCGAUAACCUCCAGCUGUUCCUACAGUGCGAUAGGGCAGACGGCCUCUCUCUAUUUGAUCUCACCUCUGGUGUCUCUCCUGCCCCGCCUGCUACUGCUGACAGCUCUGUUCGCUCACAGUGGGCCACACGCGAUGCUGCUGCUCGCCUUGCUGUACGUCGCCACUUACCGACCACUGAGCUCACCCACCUCCCUAACUCCCUUCGCUUAGUCAAGGACCACUUCCUCUCAGUUUGCCCCACCACUCUCACCGUUGACCUCCUCGAGGAGCGCCUCCUAGCAGCAGAGAAGAGCAUAGUCGCUGUAGGAGCCUCUCGUGGCGACCCUCGCACCCCCGUCAUCGAGGGGUGUUCCCCCUCCCCCCUCUUGCCCUCUUUUGCUUCUACUGCUGCGGCCGACCUCGCUGGUUUUGAGUCGGUCGGCGCUGCGUCUGCCCAUAGCGGGAGACGCCGCACUGGCAAGGGCAAGGGGGGCAAGGGCGCUGGAGGGGCUGGCGGGGGCGCUGGAGGUGGUGGUGGAGGUAGUGGAGGGGGUGGGGGUGGUGGUGGGAGUGGUGGCAGGGGUGGAGGUGUUGGUGCCAGCAGUGGAGGCGGCGGAGGCGGCGGCGGUGGCGGAGGGAGCGGAGGCGGCGGAGGUGGUGGAGGCGGCGGAGGUGGCGGAGGCGGCGGAGGUGGCAGAGGCGGCGGCAGUAGCGAUGGAGUUGGUCGCGGCUCUGCACAGAGGAGUGGCUCAUGUGGUGGUCCGUGCGCGCAGCAGCAGCGCAGUCGUGAGACCCUAUCCCCUCAGCAGCUUCGUGAGUGGUACGCUGCGCGUCAGCGCCGUGGGGGUACUGGUCCGUGGAAGUACGUUCUCCGUACCGUCAACCGCGCUGGUGUGUAG